ACGCCACCGCAGAGGAGCACUCGUGUAUCGAAGGGCCACCGCGGCGCCGGUCGGGGAAUUGUGAAAAAAGGCGGCGUCGGAUGAGCGCGCACAUCUCGGGCGCUGCUGCGCAGAAAGCGCGUCUCCCGUUCCGAGGAGGUGUCGUUGUUCCCUUCGUCGCCAGGCGCGGCGGCGCUAGCGAGGCAUGCCUUAUCCCAGCGGUCAACCGACGGGACGCACUUUCAACUGGGCCAGCUGGAGACUCAAGACGCGCUACAUGCUUUCCCAUUUCGGUUUCUUCUGCAGCCAGUUCGGCAAGUUCAUCGCCCCCGCCUACUACCAUGACCGGUGCGAAAGGUCGGUGCAGAUGCGGCUGUACACCAUGCACAAGCGGGAAUUCGUCGUUAUGUUUCUGGUGUUCUUCGCCUGCCUGUGCCUCUGCCUCUUCAUCGGGCUCGCGGGGCCACCCAUCACCACCACCGUGGUGCGCUCCGCAUCUGAGCUGGGCACGCCGGGAGACAACGCCACUAAACUCAACAUGGCGACAGGGCCAUUUGUGCUAAAGACUCCUCCGCUAUCGGCGUACAGUCAGCAGCUUUGGGUCAUCGCGCAAAUCACCACCAAGGAGGAGGACGAAGACGAGACGUUUCGGAAAGCGUUCCACCUUGAGGUCAACAUUCAGGGCAUCACCAGCAAGGGUCACGUGGUCAACAUCUAUGGCUCUUCACGACCGCACAUACGAGUGCGCCAGCUCAUCUGCUCGAAGAAGGUUUGCGAUGCCUUCACGGUCCUGCAUUUGGGCUUCUUGGAUUACUCCCGAUAUUUGCUGACCGUCACAUUCUAUGGUCUGGAGACCAUCGACGAGAAAUACCACAUAGACGACGUCACGUUUCAUUACAAGAGCUACAACGCAUCGUUUACUCAGCUGGAGAUAUGGUUCCGGUUCAUCUUCCUACUCGUGACGUUCUUUGUCACGUGUUGGUUCGCGCACACACUGCGGAGGUUCGUCUUCCGGGAUUGGUCCAUCGAACAGAAGUGGAUGUCCAUCCUCCUGCCAUGCCUGCUGUUGCACAACGACCCCGUGUUCCCCAUGUCAUUGCUGGUGAACAGCUGGAUACCCGGGAUGCUGGAUGCGAUUUUCCAGGCGUCAUUUCUGUGUGCACUGCUGCUUUUCUGGCUCUGCGUCUACCAUGGCAUCCGCCAAAACGAGCGUCGCUUCGCCACUUUCUAUCUGCCAAAACUUCUCGUGGUGGGCAUGCUGUGGACGGCCGCCUUUGUGCUCGCUUCCUGGCAGAGGUACAACGAGCUCAGGGACCCCACGUACAACUACAAGGUCGACACGCAGGGAUUUGCGGCCUUGAAGAUAUUUUUCUUCACCAUGGGAUCAAUAUACUUGGCCUAUCUUCUUUACCUGGUUGUUCAGGCAUACACAGAGCUAAGGUCCAUGCCUUAUUUUGACGUUCGGCUAAAGUUCAUGACAUCACUGAUGCUAAUUGUUCUGACGUUAAGUGUGGUCAUCACGGUGAUGCGGUUUGGGAUCUCUGUCCUCGAAGACAACUUCGUGGCUGACCUGUCGACGACGUAUGGGAGCUCGGCGGAAUUUAUGUCCUUCUACGGGUUGCUCAACUUCUAUCUGUACACAAUGGCGUAUGUGUACUCACCACCACCAAAUGCUUUUCUAGAAUCUCAUCUGAAGGACAAUCCAACCCUAUCGAUGAUGAAUGACUCUGACGAGGAGGUCAUCUAUGGGUCGGACACCGAGGAGCGGUUAUUAAACCCAGUUCGCCUUGGACAAGACAAAGAAGAAAGCGACUGAAUGAAGGAGCGACGAUGCCUUUGCGUGGAACCAUUGCGACAGGUCCACCAAACAACACCAAUGCCAACUGAAAACAAUAAACCAUAUUUUUGUAUAGGAAUAA